AUGGACCAGGAAGCUGUCUCCUGCCGGCCUUUGUACAUUGACCCCAUUCAUGACUUUGCCUUUCUUAAGUACGACCCGGGAAGCAUUCAGAAUAUGAAGAUGGACGGUUUGAGCCUCAGCUCAGGUGGCGCAUCCGUUGGCCAGCCGGUGCUUGUGGUCGGCAACGAUGCCGGCGAAGCCACAAGCAUCAUCGACGGCGCGAUCAGCCGAACAGACCGCAACGCCCCAGAGUACGACGGGCCCUACAGCGACUUCAACAUCAGCUAUUACAUGGCCAACAUGAACUUGAGCGGAGGGUCAUCUGGCAGCCCGGCGUUGGGUGAAGAUGGUUUGGUGCUGGGGAUGGUGUCGGGGAGGCGGACGGAUGGCGCGAUAUGCUUCCUUCUGCCGACGGGUCCCAUUCUCCAAAUCUUAUGCCGUCUACGCCAAGGUCAAGACGUGCCCCGAGGUGACAUCCAGUGCCAGUUCGUGAUGAAACCGAUCCACGAGUGCAAGGGUUUAGGGCUGGACUCGGGCUGGGAGGAAAGACUUCGCCGACGGAUCACGGCGUCAGGUGGGCUGCUCGUCGCAAGUAAAGUUUUGGCCGGCGGCCCAUCGUGCGGGAGAAUUCUACCAGGCGAUAUUCUUCUCGAGGUGAACGGGGCUGUCGCGCUCCAGUUCGACGAGCUCGAGGAUGUAUUCAACGAGAAUGUGAACGGCCAGGUUUCUAUAAGCUUGCUCCGAAGCGGGCAACUAGUUCUCGGUACCAUCGACGUCGUCAAUCUUCACCACAUCAUGCCAAAAUGUCUUGCAGUCAACACGUCUGUGGCUGCUCGCGGCGUCUAUGUGGCCGAGUCCACGGAGCCGCUGAUGAUUGGCGACGGCGAGCCUGGCUGGAUCAUCCAAAGCCUGAACGGUCAAGCCGUCUCCAGUCUGGAGGGGUUUCUUGACCGUCUGAAGUUGCUUCACAAGGGCCAAGCCGUCGUGUGGGAUCAGAGUGUAUUCUCUGGAUGGGGCGACGGGUCUCUGGCGCAGCGCCACGACACCUCUGCGCCCGAUGCCGCCGGCAGCGAUGCACCACCCCUUCAUGAGUAA